AUGGGAGAGGCGGCCCUGGGGCGGCUCACGCGUCUGGCCAUGUGGCGGUGUCUCCGGGUGUGGGCGGUGCUGGGUGCGCUCGGGGCGGCCCUAGGGGAGGAGGGGGCAGGGGGCGUGGUCGAAGCGCCGUCCGAAGGGGUCAGCGAAGGGGAGGCCGGGGUCGCCCAGCCUCUGAUGGGGUCCGUCGUCGUGCCGUCCUUCCCUUCCACGUUCCCCUUCAUGGAGUUCACGGACUACGGAGUACUGGGUCACCUCGCGCCCUCCGCCCGCCCCUUACGCCCGUCUGGAUCGCCCAGCCACGCCCUCGGGAGCCGCCACGGACGACUCCCGAACCACAACCACCGCCACAGACACGACGACGAGGCAGACCCCAUCCUGCAGGGUUCUGUCCCCGUCAACGCCUACCACAACCCGACGACAGGCGUGAAGGGGUCCCGGUGGGCGCCCUCGGCCUCUUCGGACACGUCCUCCUGGGGGUCCAGUUGGGGAGGCAGGCCAGGCUCCGCGGGGCCCUUCGACAACACGCUUGACGGAGGCGACGACGGCGACGGCGAAGGGACGCUGAAGGCCGCUCUCAACACGCUGUGGUCACACCGGAGCGACGUUUACACCAUCCUGGAGGAGAAGGACGCGCUGAGCAGAGCCUGGCUGGACAUGCUGGAGAACCACGGCCCCGGUUCGCCCGCCUCCGUCAACCACCGCGAUGGGGGAGCCAGCCGUGUGUCGUACCAGCCUGGAACCGGUUCCAGCAAGGAUGAUCCUCAGUCGGGCUUUGGAUUUGGCCAGGCGUACCAGCCCGCUUUGCAAUCGGGCGAGGGAUACCGCCCAGGGCUGAGCUCGAGCCAGGCCUUCCAACCGCGCCCGAAACCAAACCAGGCUUCCCAGCCGAGCCUCGGACAUAGCCAGGGCUACCAACCCCAACCCGGGAUGAGGACCAAGCAGACGUUCCAGACUUCCGGUUCCUUCGCCGGGGAACCGCUUCGCCCUCAAAAUUCCUUCGGGAAUUUCAAGAACCCUGGUCAGCGACCGACGGUUCCUGCAGGAGGACGCCGCCCAAUCCUUCUCGGCCCGAGUCCUACCGUAGGAUGGCAGGUAGGAUCUACCCAGAAUCCUUCACGGAUGCAAGGGACUCAGCGUAUGGACAUCGUUAAAGUCCCUCAGGGCGCGAUCAAGGGCUCAGGCCCGCCCUGGAGGAGAACUAGCGGUGCAGCGGUUUCUGACCGGCGGAGACUUCACGUCGGAAAUGCAACGCCCCUGCAGAUGGUCAGAAUCAGACAACCCUCUGGCCAGGCCGGACUCUCCCCUCAACAAGGAACGAAGGAGAAUGACAGGCUUCUCCCGACAGCCUAUCUCUCCAACGGCCGGCCAUCAGGCGUCGGAUUCGCAAACCCCGGGGCGCACGGCGUUCGUGUGCAGCCUUUCCUCGCGCCCUCUCGCCUGGGCCUCGCUUCGACCUCCCUCCGCGGGGGAACCAACUGGAUGAGGCAGGGCACUGGCGGAGGCGCUGGUUCCACGGGUUCAGUCGGUGCUGUAGACAGAACCAUGAUGGUGGAAACGGAGAGCGGGCUGUCCGCUUCGACGGGAGAGCCGCACGUAGCCAUCGGGCACAAAGGGUUAAGAAAUGGCCAAACUGCUUUAACGGAGGAGCAAAUCAUCCUCAUGUCGGAUCUCAUGACUGGACAAACAGACAUGAUGACCGGACAAGGGAAUUACAUGACAGGACCGACUGUAAUGACAGGGCAAGGAGGAAUGACGUACACUGGACAGGAGAACGCAGCCAACACUGAGACCAGAGUCACCACGAACAACAAAAACUGGAUGGCGUCGGUGAGUGAGAUGAUGCAUGGCGUGUCCCAGCAACUGCCAUCCAUCGACCAGGCUGUUACCACCAUGUCCUUCCUCGCUUUCGGAAUAUUUAUGGCCAAUCUGGUAGUCCAAGCCGUCGCCAAUGGCUCGUCUCUUUCCAUCUUGGGGAGAGAAAGCAGCAGUUCUUUCGCCGGAUCGGACAGUUUCCCGCUCGAUUUUUCCAAUCUGGACUUCGACCUCGGCUUCGGCUUCGGCAGAGAAAACGGCCUGGAUGAGGAGGAUAAGAAGGGCAUUUUGAAAGAGACUGCGGAUGCCAUCAGGGAAGUUUAUGUUGGUCUCCACCAGAUGGCCAAGCUCGGCGUGACGCACCUGGCGGGGGCGCUGGGGACGGAGGCUCCGCAGUCGCGAGUCCCGCAGGGCGCCGAAGGACUUCCGCCCGAGUGCCUGCGCCUCCUGCUCUGCCAGGGCCACCGCGCCACGUCGCCCUUCUUCAGGGGCACCUCGUCCUAUCAGCUCCUCCCCUUUUGGACCGUUGGCGUGAGCUGGCUCUCGGGAGAAACGAACGUGCCGCGCCUCCUGGAGGAACUGCGCGCCGAGGUGGCCGGGCAGAGCGGCCUCGACUGCUCCGCCCUCUACCCGCAGUGCGAGGACGUCGGGACGGUCAAGGGCAUCGUCAGCCAAGUGGUUUCUCAGCUGGAGGGCGUAGGCAUGGUUCGCGAGGAGGACGGAGAAAGAGGGAGAAAUGCCGUGGACGGAGGAGAGGACGAUGCUUUCACGGAGAGCGACAGCGAGACCGAGCUGCUCCCCACGUCGACACAGGGCUAUGAUGCGGGGGGCGAUUUAUAGAUCACUGGCGGAAAAAAAAGUUAGGAUUUUUAAACAGAACACUAGUUGACGAUCUUUCAUAUACAUCGAGGUACCUACUAAAAAUUGAAAUUGAUGUACAAAGGAGGAUAAUGAAUCAAUAUUUUAUACAUCGUACAGAGUUGCACUCACGGAAUUCCAGACACUAAUUACAGAUACAUAGACUGGGCUAUAUAGUAUUUGUGUUUAGUUUAUGAUAAUGUAUAUAAUAUAGAAUCCAACCGCAUAAAUACGAUUAGUUUCGGGUGAGGUAUUCUGACAGUAUAAAUCUCCAGCCACAAAGUUGUAAAGCAUUGCUAUUAUUUAUAUUAUGAUAAUGAUUAUUAUGGUUAUAAUAAUAGUUACAGUAGUAAUAGAAGUAGUAGUAACGAUAGGUUUGGUUAUAGUAUUUGCAGUAUCAGCCAUUAUAGUAGUAAAAUUACAGUAGCAUUUAUGAUACCGUCAAACACACACACACACACACACAC